CCAACCUCUACUUCUGCGUGCGAACCACACUCGAUUUUUUUUUUAUUUUAAAUUAAUAUCUGUAAUUCCUCAACGAAGAAGGAAAGUGAACAAAUGAGAUUCCAAAUUCACCGAUUCCUUAUUCAAUUAUAAAACCGUUUGCUAAGUGCAAAAGUUCCCGGUGAUUUUCUUUUCCAGUGUUCGUGGUGUGGUACAAAUAUGGCCCCAAUGCUGCUUCUGCUGGGAGAAUAACCCGUUGAAAUCUUCCAGAUUCUAUUGCCAAGAACGAGCGGUGUAAUCUCGUGGGAGCGCGAGGUGGUUUUGACUUUUGAAGCCCAAAAUUGAAGUUUCAAAAGAGGAGGAAAAGAUUGUUGGUUUUCAGACACGGUGGAGGAGGGUUCGGCCGCGACCGCGACCGCGACUUAGGGGGCUCCGAGACUGAGAUUUCGUCUUGGUGUUUGAUGGGAUAUAUUGGGUUCCAAGGGAUUUUGGUAUUGAUGGAUAUGAGAUUAUUGGUUGAAACGAUCUUGUUCUUGAUCGAUCUUCAUGGGUUUGAUUAGCCCUCUCUCAAGUGUCGCUUAUUUUUCUUCUUAAUCGUUGGUGGAAUUUCUCAAAUUGGGUUUCUGGAGCUAUUGAAUUCUAGCCUUAUUCUCAGCUGGUGAAGCAGAAGAAUAAAAGCAAGAAGGGAUUUGGAUACGUGAUCAAUUAGGUUUCUCUGUUUUCAGUCUUUAGAAAAAAAAAAUGGAAGAUGCUAAUUCUUGGUUAAGGAGGACCAAAUUUUCUCACACAGUAUACUACCGUUUAGACUCCUUAAGAUUGGCCUCCAUUCCUCUCACCAUUCAGCCACCAAUCAAUUCAGUCGGGCAAACAAAAGUUGUCACAGCUCCUUCUCAUCAUAGAUCUACCCUUCGUUAUAACGAGAGCAACAAUUUUCUUAACAAGCAGAGGUCUCUGUCUCCGUCUCCACAGACUACACUCUCCGGCGCACUUAAGGAUGCACGAACCGAUCAGAAGCGAUUUGCAACUCCACAGCCUCAGAGGAGAGAAUCCAUAAAAGAGAAGGGUAAAAGGGUAUUCUGUAAAGAAGCUAAGGUGCACAGUUCCUUAAAGGAAGAGAAGUUAAAGAGCCCGCUGAAGCAGCUUGCUUCAUUGAAAGGCAGUCCGAAAUCCAAAUUCAUGAAGGAGUCUUCUUGGACCAAGUGUUUUGAGCACAGUGGAGGGAGGGUCACUGCUGUUGAAGCUGUAGAUGAAUUGUCUGUUGACUUGUCCAAGCUCUUUCUUGGGAAUAGAUUUGCUUAUGGAGCUCAUAGUCGGCUUUACCAUGGAAUUUACUAUGAUAAAGUUGUUGCUGUCAAGAUAAUAAAUCUACCGGACGACGACGAAAAUGGAGAUCUUACAGCUCGCUUAACGAAGCAGUUCGGCAGGGAAGUAACCCUUUUAUCUCGUCUCCACCAUCCCAACGUUAUUAAGUUGGUAGCAGCUUGCAGAAAGCCACCCGUUUAUUGCAUCAUCACUGAGUAUCUCUCACAGGGUUCCUUAAGGGCAUAUCUACACAAACUUGAAAACAAAUCUCUGCCUCUGAAAAAACUGCUUGCAAUCGCCUUGGACAUUGCUCGUGGGAUGGAAUACAUACACUCACAAGGCGUUAUUCAUCGCGACCUUAAACCGGAGAACGUUCUUAUCGAUCAAGACUUUUGCCUAAAGAUUGCGGAUUUCGGUAUUGCUUGUGAGGAGGCACAUUGUGAUACACUGGCCAAUGACCCCGGAACUUAUCGUUGGAUGGCCCCAGAGAUGAUCAAACGUAAACCUUAUGGACGAAAGGUUGAUCUCUACAGCUUUGGGCUUAUCUUGUGGGAACUUGUGGCUGGAACAGUCCCUUAUGAGGACAUGACUCCCAUCCAAGCCGCUUAUGCAGUUGUAAAUAAGAACAUUAGACCAGCUAUCCCGAGGGAGUGUCCACCGGUGCUGCGGGCGUUGAUCGAGCAAUGCUGGUCGGAGCAAUCGGAAAAGAGGCCGGAGUUUUGGCAGGUGGUGAAGGUACUAGAGCAACUUGAGAGUUCAGUUGGGGGAGGAGAUGGUACAUUGAUGAGUGUUGAGCAGCAGCCAAGUUGGGAAGAUCACAAGAAAGGGCUAAAGCAUUGGAUGCAAAAGCUAGGGCCUCAGCAUUCUCAGACUUCUUCUCACAUCUCCAAAUCAUCUAAAUUCAUAUGAUUCUUUCUCUGCCUUUUUUUUUUUUCUGUUGAUAAGGUCACAUUCACAUUCGCUAACCAGGUUCAAUGUAGAUAAAAGAAACACUUCAUUUGUUUUUGUUUCUAACAAUUCACGUGACUGCAAUGAGUGUAGUACGUUUCUGAAGGGGAAAAAAAUAUCAAACGCUUCAAAA